UUGAGGCUGGAUAUUAAAUUUCCGUAAAUUCUCUGAAAAAUACGACAAAUAACGCCGAAAAAAUUACAUUUCGAAUGAAACUGUGACACCUUUCAACGAACAAAACAUUAGUGUAGCAAAUAAAAGACAGAAAAACCAACAAAAUGAUCGAAAAUAUGAGUAUCCGCAUUUUGGAUAUUCUCAAUCUCCCGUUGAUGCAUCGUUGUCCCGAGCUGGGACUAAUUAUCGAUCGUGCGAGUUUAAAAGAAUUGCAGGAAAUAUUUCCCGUUUUAAUUAAUUCAAUCUUUGGGCUUCCCGGCGGAAGCGUGGGAUGGGGUUUGAGAACGACCCAACAAACCGUAAAUCAUCAGGAAUUCGAGAUUUUAUAUAAUUUCUUCAUUCCGCUUGGACCGAUGUUUCGAUUGUUGUAUCGACUGUUGUCGGAUCCGAUAAAAUUUGAUGUGCCAAUUGGAUUUUUGCCGCCAAAAAUGCAACAAAUGCUCGAAAGUGGUCGUUAUCCAGGUUUUUAUUCGGAUAUAAUAACAAUUGAUCCGUUUCGUCGUCAAAUUGUCUCGUUAGCAUUGAAUGCUUUUGACUUUUUUUUCAUACAUUUUGUGACGCACGGGACCUUGCCACUGCACAAAAUGUAUCCGACAGCGGCCCAAUUGAACAGCGAAAAGGCGAGAACAGUUUAUUUCUAUCUCGCUGCCGAUUAUUUGUGCACUUUUUUGCCUUCCAAGCCAGAUACGAUCAUUCAACCGCAGAAUAUUGGCACAAUUAAACUUCCAACAGUGGCUCCCGUGCCGAAUAUUCAACCGAUUAAACGCCCGAAGUAUUUAUUGCUGUCGGCAAUUUCCAAUCACACGGCGCCCCAGCAACAAACUUGCGUCUCGCCACGCCAUCAUGACUCUCCGCGUGCGAAUAUUUGGCGAUCGGAGACUGUUUUGUACUUGUUUGUUGAUGCCUGGCUUCGUUCUGACUUCGAUGAACAUCGAGAUUUGCCGAGUAAUGAGUUUGUGCGACUUGUGAGGGUACUCGUAAAGCAACUUCAUGCCUUUGGAAACUCCGCAGAUCAGGAUAACACGGCGUUACAAGGCUUGCGACAAACUGCUGCCCCCUUGAUGAACUCAAAAAUGUAUUUGUUCAUCAAAUCUCUCAUCAGUAGAUGGCCUCUCGAUAGCUCCUUUGCCGAUGUACUCGAAUUGUGGCUCAGUUUCAUCCAACCUUGGCGCUAUGUACACAAUCGAGACUUGAACGUUAUCGCAGAAAUGCCUGUUCCGGCACGUUUCGAGCCAUUUAUCGCGGAAAAUCUCGUCGUUUUCACGCAAAUUUUCGUCAAACUUGUGCCUCGAUUUGAAAGAAUCGACUUGUCGACGUACAAAAAUGUCUUUAUGCUGUUCCGUGUGUUGAAAGUGUUCGGUCAAAGCAAUUUAGCGGAUAUUUUACGACGAUGCGAAAGUAGUGUCGGUACAAAUGUCAUCAACGCUAACUAUAUUGAGGCAGCUGUCUUGCAAUCGAACAGUUUUAAUAAAUCCGGAGGCGAUCGAAGUCCCAAUCGGUCGGGAGAAUGGCGCCCUUAUAGUCGAAACGAGACCCUGGAUGAGUCCUAUGUGCCACUUUUCACGGGAGAUUUCAUCUACAAACUCGAGGAAUUGACGCGGAAGAUUUUGGUAGUGAAGCACAUUGCUCGCAGUAACUUGAAGGAAGUCGAAGAGGAGUACGAGAAGAAACAUCGAGGCAUUUUGGGCUUCUUGCGGAGCAUUUUUUCGUUCGAAGAGGAUACGGCGCUCACACAAAUCAUCACGGAUCGACGAAAAAUCCCGGAAAUUUUGGAUUUUUGUGGGCAAAGUAUGCGCGGCGUCUUCGAGGUGAAUGUCCCGGAGCCAUCAAUGACGGAAGAGUUCAUGGAUGAGUUUGAUAGUGUGAGAAGAUCAUCCGAGGGGUUCAAUCAAUCCGACAAAAAUAUGUCAGAAUUUUCGGAUCAUAAUUUUUCUAUAACGCCUUCUUUCAUGAAAAACAACUCAAAAACCUUAAAAUACGGAGGCGAUCCCGCACUUUUGCCCAUUGGAGAUGCGGAAGUGACAUUUUUAGUGCGUUUCUUGCACCAACUUUCAUGCAAGUUGAACCUUAUGUUCCCUCAUGAAAUCAAUAAAAAUUGGCAUCGUAAUGACCUUUUGGGUCGCAUAACUCGCCAACUACUGUUACCGCCCAUGGUUUCUCAAACUUUCGACAAAUCCACAGGACUUUGCAUACUAAAAAGGGAGGAUUUGCCGCCAAGGAUAUGCUUGAGACCGCUCGCUUCGUUCAAAACGCUCACAUUUGUGACAAUUUCGCAGCUUUUGUCGUACCUGCUGUGGGGUGCCCCGAGUUACGGGCUCUUUUUGUUAAUGUUUUUCGCAUUUAUGGUCGUUUUUGUGAGGGCCUUAUUCACUGACGUACCCCUAACACACGAGACAUGAUGAAAAUUAGGUAUAAAAUAAAUAAAAAUAUUUAGAGUUAUUUUUCAA